AUGGUGACAGGGAAACCAAUUUCGAGGAGGCCGGAGAGGAUUGUUGACAUGACGCAUCUGCUCACGAAGGACUUCCCGUAUUAUCCCGGGCAUCUCAAUUUCUUGUUAAACAUCAGCUUCUCCGGAACGUUUGUCGACGGUAAAGUCGACCUUUUAAGUAACGACUAUCAGACCGCCGAGCAUGGCGGCACCCACUACGAUGCGCCGCGUCAUUUCUGCAGCCUAAAAAGCUGCUGGGACACACAGGCGGUGCCCCCUGAACGCUUGAUUGGCCCUGGAGUUAUCAUCAAUGUCCAGGAACAGGCUAAAAACAACCCAGACUACGCCGUGACACCUGGUGACAUCAAAAAUUGGGAAAAGAAGUAUGGGAGAAUUCCAGAAGGCGCUUUCGUCAUCAUGAAUUCAGGAUGGUACAAGCACGUGAAGAACCACACGAAAUUCCUCGGCAACGACAAGGGAAACAAAUCGAAUUUACACUUUCCCGGUUUCCAUCCCGAGGCAACAAAAUGGCUGCUGGACAACCGCGAAAUAUACUGCCUUGGUGUAGAUACAGUUAGUAUCGAUCCCGGGAAUACAACACAGUACAUGACGCACAGACUAGCUCUUGUAAGCAAUCUGAUUGCUUUGGAGAAUGUCAACAACUUAGAUGCAGUCCCGGAGGCAGGAGCAAUGAUAUACGCUUUGCCUAUCUUCAUCAAGAAUGGGACCGGCGGUCAAACGAGGGUCAUCGCCACGUGGGAUGAUGAUGGCAAAACUUCCGGUGCUCCUCGUCACGUGAUCGAGGCCAUCUUGGUGUUGUUUAUGACUGUCAUUGCUGGGCUUUUUUAA